GCCGGCUUUAGUGAGGCUCAGGUCAGACUGAUCGGAAAGCCGUGAGGAGGUUUGGUGCGGCCGAGUGUUUGUGAGUGUGUUUGUGUGUGUGUGUUUGUGCUGAGCGCGGCUGUUUGCUCAAUCCUCUUGGCUCCCGGUCCCGGUGCCCACACACGGCGCGCUGGCAGCCGGGCGGACGGCAGGGCCGCCCGUGCCAACACAGCUGCCUAUUGAGAGGCAGCGUUACGGACACAAUGUGAGCGACAGACUUGCUGUAUCAACAGCUCCACCUUUUCUGCUGUUGUGGCCAGAAAUAAACCAUAAAUACCCCCCCUGUCCCUGCCCUCUAAUGGCUCAACCCCACCAAACACCAAGUGGCACCACAAAGAGGGACGCUACCACUUCCUAGCAGGCAUAUCCAGUGGAGGAGCAGUGGAUCAGCAGGAUGUCGGAGCAGCAGAGCGCCCCGGAGCAGCUGGCUGCUGGGAAGAGCCAGGGUGGAGCUGGAGCCACGUACAAGGUGGUGCUGUUUGAGUUCGAGAACUUCCAGGGCUGCAAGGCGGAGUUCUCUGCAGAGUGUAAAGAUGUGAUGGAGAAGGGGCUGGAGAAGGUCGGCUCUGUGAUAGUGGAGUCGGGACCCUGGGUGGGCUACGAUCGGCACGGCUUCACGGGGGAGCAGUUCAUCCUGGAGAAGGGCGAGUAUCCCCGCUGGGACACCUGGACCAACAGUCAGAGCAGCUACACCCUCCUGUCUCUAAGGCCCCUCAAAGUGGACGGCGCCGAUCACAAGCUACAACUGUACGAGAACCCCGGAUUUGCUGGCAGAAAGAUGGAGAUUGUGGAUGAUGAUGUGCCCAGUUUGUGGGGCCACGGUUUUCAGGAUCGUGUGGCGAGUGUCAAGGCCCUAAAUGGAACCUGGGUGGGCUACCUGUACCCGGGCUACAGGGGCCGCCAGUUUGUCUUUGAGCGUGGGGAUUUCAAGCACUGGAACGACUGGGAGGCCCCCGCACCUCAGAUCCAGUCUGUCCGACGUGUGCGGGACAUGCAGUGGCACAAGAGGGGCUGUUUCAUCGUCCCUGACCCAGCUCCGGCCCCCGACCCCGACCCCGCCCCGGCACCGCCUGCCCCGCCCGCCACAGCUGGAGCCAGCUGAGCGCGGCCCCCGCCACGCGCUGCCCGUGCCCCGCGCGGAGCGCCAUGUAUGUUUCAGAGGCCAAUAAAAGCUGUUUGACCAGGA